AGCAUCCAUAUUUAUAUUUAGUUUUGCUAACCAAAAGAAACGAAAACCUAGAGACAAGUGUUAUGGAGCGGAAGGUUAUUGGAGAUCUGACGGAGUCUUCAUUGGAGAUAGUCUCUUUUCUUGGAAAAGGUAUCUACGGCUCUGUGUCCACCAAGAAUGAUUCAAACUUGGAGAAAUCUUACACGAAGAAGACAAGUACGCUCAAACAUUCUGAGAAUCUCGAGAGGGAGCUUAAGACCAUGCUUCACUUCCACGCCAAUCCCUUCAUCGUCCAAGCUUCGUGCCCUCAUCUUCACUUCAAGUUUAACACCAAAAGCGCGACUUUGUGUUACAUCUACAUGGAGUAUGCGUCCUUAGGCAAUCUCGACAAGAUGAUCUCUGAUUCCGGAGGGAGACUGCCUGAAGAUACUGUCAGAAGGGCCACUCGUAUGAUCCUGCAAGGACUUAAGGCUCUACAUUCGGAAGGUUACGUCCACUGCGACUUCAAACCCUCCAAUGUAUUUGUCUUCCCUUCCAACACUCCUGGAGAACCAUGGGAUCUCAAGCUUACUGGUUUCGGCUUAUCCAAAGAGCCUACUAUGGACUCUAGUCUAUUGUUUCCUGGAACCCCCGAGUACAUGCCGCCUGAGGCCCUUGCGCCGAAAACAUUUUUUGGCCCAGAUAGAUUGAUCGGACCAGCCCGUGAUGUAUGGUCUUUAGGGCGUACGGUUCUUAAGAUGCUUGGGGCUAAUCCUCAAAAGAUGGGAGCUUCUAUCGUAUGGAGAAUAGAGUAUCCUAUCUCUGUGGUGGCAGCACACUUCUGGAGGCAGUGCUGUACGUCGCGGCCUACAGAUAGGCCCACCGUGGAUGAGCUUUUGGACCAUCCUUUUGUUGCUGACAAACUUACAUCCUUUGUUAAGGAACGAUUGUAUAAUAUAUAUGAAGAAGUUAAUCAAAAACGUCAAAGCUUGGACUGGUGA